AUGGCUACCACCACCACCGGUACACCCCUCACCGAGCACACUGGCUCCUCGUCGAGCUUGAAGCUCCUGUCUCGCUUUAGCUUGCCUCGGACGACCCACUGUCAGCCGAUGCGUGCGUUUCUGCUCGCUGGGGGCGAGUGGUUGGUGGCCAUCGCAGACCUCAAUCCCCGGUAUCCGCAAGAGGGUCCAGACUGUACUGGGAUUUCCUUAUGGGACCUACGCGACCUCUCGAGUCCACGUUGCGUCGCCGAAGCACGCAAACAGGCAGUGCAUCGACCAUUCGCUGCUGCCGAGGUGGACAAGAAAUCCGGCCACGUGAAAGUGCUGCUUGGCUACGACCACCUGGAAUGCGGCCAAGUCGCUGCGUACGAUUUCUCAUAUGAGGCUGCAUCCGGAGAACCCAGCCCUAUCGUGUAUGAGAUCCCUUCGCACCCGGACCACGCAGAAGGCAGCUCCUUGAUACGUUUGACCAAUGGCGGGGACAUAUUCGCCUGCGUAGUACAGGAUUACUCCCGGCUAGAGGAGUUCCGCAAUAAUCCAGAGGCCCAACUCAAGCCUCUUGUUCCUCCGGCCGGUGUAGAUGAAAUCUACUUGGUUCACAUGCCCACGAAUAAGGCACAGUGGCUACAUUCCCGACACCUCUCUUCUUUCCACCGUGUCCGGGUAUUCAUUUGUGACGAUCACAUAUACCUUCUAGGCCGUACACCGACCACUUACGUACUACGCCAUUACCGUUUCUCUCCAUCAAUACUCUUGGAUAGCAUCGACGACACUCACCUCGAUCUUGGGGAGCUCCUGGCCGAGUACGAAAGUCCGCCUCUAUCGGACCCAAGCAUUCCGUGGGGAUCUUGCGACUCCGAAGACGUCUUCCUGGACCCUACAUCCCAUGCCUCCGUUCUUGCGGCCCGUCACUGGUUCGCAGGAGGUUACUACAUCCGCUUUCCUCUCCAGGGAGAGGCGUCCGAAGUGCCGGAGAUCGUCAGCCUCGAGCCCGAGACCCAUCUGCCUGAUAACGCGACCUUCUUCCCGAGGUGGCUCGGGCGCGACCAGGCCUUGAUGUACUCCUCAGACGACUGCUUCGCCAACCAGGACAGGCUCUUCCGCCUGUCAUUCUCACACUCUGACUUCAAGGGGCGGCAGUCAGUCAGCGGUAUCGCUGUGCCUAGGCCGAGCACAGUCAGCCGAGAGGAUUUCAGUUGGUUCCCUCUCAGGCAGGAGAAUCAACUCAUGCUGUUUGGGGACCCAGCUGCUGUCACUUUAGACGAGGAGUCCGGGCGCAUCUGCCUUCUUCUUCACUAUGGGGAGGGGCUCAUCUUAUCUCGAAGUUUGUCCGUCUAGGCUUACUUCCUAGCUUUUUGCACGCAAUAGAAGCGACGAGAGCCUUGUAGACAAUCAGUGCAGUGGUUCUCGUCCGAGCCUUGGAUAUUGCUAUGAUCUGUGGGUACGCUUGCCCCAGAUCUGCUCCUUGUGAGUCCCUUCCCUGGAUCCUGAGUCAUCCAAGUCAUCUAUUUGUGAACGCCAAGCAAUAUCCGAUAAUGACGGUGCUUCUACGGCUGUUGACGUCGCUUGCGACAGAGAGAUGCGGACGGACCCAGACACAUCCCCAACUAUAUUUCACAAUUUGCACCGAGUUCCUGGCUUUGGGCUGGGCGAAUCCCACCGAUGUCGAAGUCUGCCGGAAUGUGACGUUUGCCUUUGCCUGAUAUUGGUCCCCACAGCUUGCUCGCAGCCGUUGUGCAUCGGACGGAUGUGAUGAGUCUUACCGGCAUAGGGCUGCCAUGUGCGUUUGUCUAUGUUGUGAUUAUCCGAUGCUGACUCC